AUGCCCAACGCAUCCUCUAAAGUCAAGGGAGAACUGUCGUUGAAUGAUUGCCUUUAUCCAGGUCCCAACCUAAUUGAAAUGCUAUAUGAUUUGCUCCUCAAGUUUCGACGCGAUACCUACGCGUUAAUAUCAGACAUUUCAAAAGCUUUCCACAGAGUAUUGCUAUAUCCCGAUGAUGCUAAAUAUGCACAUUUUUUGUGGCAACGAGAGCUGAGACGAGCAGCCAUGUACGCCUUUAACAUUGUGGUUUUUGGCAUAACCAGUAGCCCCUAUCUCUUACAACAAGUGCUUCAAACCCAUUUCUACAAACGGGGAUGGGAAGAUAUAAUUAAAUCCUUCUAUGUCCAUAAUUAUCUGCAGACAUUUGUGGCCAGGGAACUAUUGGAAAGAGAAUAUUGCCAGGGCAAAUCUUUGCUAGAUGAGGCCCACAUGCCUUUAACGGGGUGGGCAAGUAAUUGUCAAGAGUUUGAUAAGCAGAUUGAUUGCAAGAAACCCGAUGAGAUCAAUGUUUUGCGAAUGAAUUGGGAUAGAAGGGAGGAUAAGUUGAGUUUAAAGCCCAAGAAUGCCCAGAGUUGUAGAAAUAGUUCCCAUCCUCUUACCAAACCCAAGCUUCUGUCCCUUUUGGUAGCCAAUUUUGACCCCUAG